AUGAACAUUGCCCUUCUGACUAAGUGGCUAUGGCGGAUCGCUAAUGGUGAAGGUGGACCAUGGCUCCGCAUGAUUCAGCAUAAAUACCUCCGUGGUCAGCCUCUCUCCUUCUGCCAGCGUUCUGGGGGAUCACAGUUCUGGCAGUCCAUCAUUCAGCUCCUCCCUGUCCUUCGGAUCGGAACCUCGAUCGAGAUUGGUUCCGGCACCGCCACGCUGUUCUGGUUCGAUAGGUGGGCUGGCGACUCGCCCCUUGCGGCCCGCUUUCCGGACCUCUUCUCCAUGGCGGUUGCGCCACAGAUCUCCGUGGCGACCGCCCUUAUUGACUUAGGGCAACUAGCGUUCCGGAGACCUUUCGGCCCGGCUGAGAUCGAGGACUGGCAGGAGCUGCUCGACUGCAUUGCACUCCACGAACCUGAGCUCUCGACGGACGAUGACCGUGCCAGAUGGCGGCUAGAGCCUUCUGGGCAAUUCUCCACCAAAUCUCUAUACCUGGCCAUCGCCCCUUCGCUUGGCCAUGAGGCGCUCUCCUCCAUUUGGGAGAUCCGCCUCCCCCUGAAACUUAGGAUCUUCUUGUGGCAAUGGAUUCGCGGCCGCCUCCCAUCUGGCGUUGAGGUUCUGAAACGCAAUGGCCCUGGAGAUGGGCGCUGCCCGCUCUGUGGGCCUGAAGAAGAUUCGAACCAUAUCUUCUUCACCUGCGUGUCCGCGCAGUUCCUUUGGAGCUGUUUCCGCGAGAUUGUGGGUGGAAACUAG